AUGUCUGGGAACAGUCGCAGGAUUGAGCCCUUGCCGCCCGAAGUGGUAGCCAAGCUCAAAUCUUCCACGUCCAUCACGCACCUAAAUGGGGUGAUCGUCGAACUAGUGAAGAACGCGCUGGACGCAGAUGCCCGCACAGUCUCUGUGACGGUAGACUUUCGACGUGGGGGUUGUAAGGUGGAUGACGAUGGUGAUGGAAUUCUACCAACGGAGUUCGAGCCCAGCGGAGGCUUAGGGAAGGCACAUCAUACAUCAAAAUAUCAGACUCUCACUGGUGUAUAUGGCCAGAAGGGGCUGUUUCUAGCCUCGUUGUCUUCACUUUCGCUGCUGACCAUCACUUCUCACCAUGUUCGCCAUCCUAACACAAAUACUAUCAUGUUCCACCAUUCAACUCCGGUUGCACGGCUGAUACCAGCUCCAGUCCAACAGGAGCUUAGACUUAGCAGCCAUGGAACUAGCGUUACGGUCAAUGAUUUGUUUGGAAACAUGCCCGUGAGAGUGAAACAUCGCGCCUUGGCCUUACAAAGGCACGACGAGUUGGAUCGGCAAUGGGACGAACUACGACAGCAGUUAGUCUCGUUAAUGCUUGCGAAUAGUAACUUGACAAAGUUGGUUAUCAUCGAAGCUUCUAGAGAUAAGAGGAUCAGCAUCCGAACCCAGAAUCGCCGAACCGAUCGUGAACUGGACCUCCAGCGAAUAGUAUCAAUUCUUGCGCAGGCAGGACUGAUUGAGCCUCAGAACGCUCACAGCUGGGAUGCUGUCUCAGCUAACGUGCCUAGUUUCUCUGUUCAUGCUGCUAUAUCCCUUGUACCAAACCCUACCAAGAAAAUACAAUUUAUCUCCUUGGGGAUGGAUCCAGUCUUUCCCAAAAGCAGUGUCAAUAUAUUCUACGCCGAAGUUAACCGCUUGUUUUCUCUGUCUGAUUUCGGUACCACGGGCACCCCAUCUACAUUCGCUCCCAGGAGAAGCCCAGCAAAGCCUCCUGGCCGUUACAGUGGUUCAAGUACAAAAUCUAUGACCAAGGCUGUCAACAAGUGGCCUAUGUUCUAUAUACGCAUAGAUACUAAUGAAACUCAUAAGAUCAACAGUGAGGGCCAUGAAUUGCCCGAGUCUGACAAAUCAGUCCAACGCAUUAUGGAUGUACUUGCGGCAAUGAUACAAGAAUUCUUGAAGCAGCAUGACUUACGCCCGCGCGCUGGGAGGAGACAGAGGGUGGCACAAAAACAGACGGUCGGAACACCCACAAGCAGUUCUGAUCGUGCACCAAACCGUCCAGGUCAAGCAUUCAACAGCGAGGAAGCUCUGUACCGUCAGUUGAAACUUCCGAACUUCCAAAUGUUCGCGCCAAACGUCAGUCAAAGUUUUGGAGAGUGGUCAAGAAUCAAAAGUGCCCACGAGUCUUUCAACGCACGCUCUACAAGACCAAAAGCCAAAUCAACCUCUCCAGAGAAGGCCUGUAUCAUUAAGCGGAAUUUAGCCCGGGAAACCCUGCCAACUCGGCCAGAAAGAAACAAGCGUAGGAUGCUUGAGGGGUCAGAUGCAUUAGCCACGUACACUGGUUUUACGACGCCUGAAACUGAGAACGGAUCAGGAAGUGAUAUUGUGGUUCAUUGGACCGAUUCCUAUACUGGAAGGAGACAUCUGAUCAACUCCCGGACUGGCCAGUCAGUGGGUACCAGAUCACCUUUGGAUGCCGUCCAGAGACCUAGAUCAACAGGAUCACUCCAGACAAUACGAGAGUGUGAUAGUAUAACAAGGCCGAAGUCGGCAAUUUUGAGCAAGACACAAAACUUAUGGGUUGAGAAAAUGAUGGACAAUUGGGAAAACCCUGUUUUCAGCCGAUCCGAGAAAUUUCUCGAUGUGGUCGGAACGGGAUAUGGCACCAAAGCACAUAUGGCACACUCCAGAGUUAACGAUGUUCCAGCGGACGUUUGCGGGUUUGAGAAUUUGGGAUUGCCAAAUGUUCGAGGCAAGCUGCGAAGACAGGAUCUGGAAACGGCGGAGAUAAUCGCGCAGGUUGAUCACAAGUUCGUCCUGGCUAAGAUAAGAUCUAUGGCAGCGAGUGAAUUUAGCAAUGAUCCAGGUUCCAUUCUGGUGCUUAUCGACCAGCAUGCUGCCGAUGAGCGAUGCCGGGUAGAGAGAUUAUUCAAGGAGUACUUCACACCAUCAUUGGAAAGUUCUGGGCAAGUAAGGACGAUCACAUUGGAACCUAUUAUUUUUGAGAUACCCGUUACCGAGGCAUAUAUUUUUGGAAGAUAUAAACAGUUCUUUGAGUCUUGGGGUGUUGAAUACACCGUUGAACAAGGGCCUGCAGACAAAUCUGUAUACAUUUAUGUGCAUACACUCCCCAUGCUUAUCGCCGAGCGUUGCAGGCUCGAGCCAGAGUUGGUUACCAAUCUGAUUCGAGGGCACAUUUGGAAACGCGAGGGAAACGGCAUGGGACCUGAGGACCGGGUAACAGUUUUGGGACAGGAUCGCUGGGCGGAACAACUUGAUAUAUGCCCCCAGGGGAUCGUCGAGCUAUUGAACUCGCGGGCCUGUCGGACAGCCAUCAUGUUUAAUGAUGACCUGACGAUCGAGGAGUGUCAAAGCCUUGUCCAAAACCUCGCGCGAUGCAUCUUUCCGUUCCAAUGUGCGCAUGGGCGGCCAUCAAUGAUUCCCUUACUUGACAUGACGGAUACCUUGGCAAUGGUUCAUCCAGAAGCUGAGUAUAUGAGCGAAGAAGAAGAGCAAGCUGAGUUUCCUGAGGUGUUCAAAGCCUGGAGGGACAAGAUCACAUUUCACUGA